AUGUCUCAAUUGGAUCUGGACAAAGCAAUUGAUAUUGCCGCCCUCUCUGUUCCCCAACUACAGAGCCUUCAAUCGCAACUGAACAGUGAAAUUGAGCACCUCGCAGUCUCCCAUGCGAAACUUCGCUCAGCACAGUCCAAGUUUAGAGAAUGUAUCCGGUCCAUGAAUGAUAGCUUGGCCAGGAACAACUCUUCUAUCUCUAAGGUUGACGAAAAUAGAAUUCUGGUUCCGUUGACGAAUUCAUUAUAUGUGAGGGGUCACCUAGCUGGCAAAGAAAAGGUUAUUUUGGAUAUUGGAACGGGCUUCUAUGUUGAGAAGUCAAUUGCGAAAGCGACUCUUUUUUAUGACGGAAAAGUAGAGGCACUACACGGGAAUCUACGUGACCUAGAGAAGGUAUUACAAGCGAAAAGUACUAAUAUCAGGAUCAUUGAAGAUGUUCUACGCCAGAAGCUUCUUGCGAGUGAGUCGAUCUCAGCUGAGGAUGUAGCUGGAUUGUAG